AUGCCUGAUCCUUUUGAUGAAAACAACGUUGCCGUGGACGAUAACAUAAAGAACAUGGCUCGAGUGGGAAUGGCCCUUGAUCGUGAGCUGAAUGGCAAUACGUAUUCCUACGAUCCAAAGGAAAACGCAAAUCCUUCAUUUGCACAGAAUAAAGAUUCUUUUGAGCCGUUUUUCAAGGAAACACCCAAGUCGAACAGUAUCAAUAAGCACUUCAAGGAUUUCACAAUGAAUGGAUCUGUAAGUACGCUCCCGAGCGUAGAAAAACCAAGAGGAAGGAAUAUGAAUUCGUUUGAAGAAAAUAGCUUCAAUCAAUUACGAAACCGUAACAAUUUGUUUCAUAUUGGGUCGCCCCCUUUGUCGGAUCCCGGAAGCCUCAAUCGAGCAACGGAGGAUACGUCCAGUUAUCGAAAUAAGUUUUUGGCUGCUUUUCAGAGAAAGAGAGAUUCGAGUAAAGACGACGAAGUCAUGCUGGAUGAAUCCCCUUCUUUGCUGAGGAAGGGGUUAGACCAGACACCUCUACCCAAGCGUCAAAAUAGGAAUUUACUGUUUGAUUCCCCAAGUGAGCGUCUUCCCAAAAAGCCUGAAACUCCAUGGAGGAAACCUGGUUUACGAUUCCAACCUACUCCACAGCCUGCAAAACAAUCUUCACGGGAAACACCGUCGUCUUUAAAAACGGCGGCGAAAUUGAUGGAGCAAUUGGAUUUGGAUUCCAACGAUCUACCUUAUGAUGCUCACAAUCAAACGUCGUACCGUCUUCCCAACAUGACGAAUCUUUCUCAACUAGUCCAAGAUCCGGCAACCGAAAAUAUGACUCGUGCCUCCCAGAACGGCCGCUUGCCGAACCUGGAUACUGUUCCAAUAGCGGAAACAGAUGAAAAGCUGUUUUAUGCUCAUAAAGCACUAGAACGGAAGCUCGAAGCAAUGAAGCGUGAACAAUCUGAUUACGAAGAAGAGAUUUUACAACUUCGAGAGCGGAUUGAUCAUCUUACCGAUGCGUAUACUCGAGAAAAAAAGAGAGCACGAAGUCUGGAGGACCGGAUGUCGAAAGAAUUGAUGACAAAGUUGGGCGAUAAAGAAUCCGAAACCGUCGACCCCUCUAUCGCCUCCAGGUUGGUAGCGACUGCGAAAGAAAAAGAAGCACUUUUGGAACAAGUGAAAUCGAUACAAGAGCAAUACGACCAUGUACAACAACUGUACAAGAACAUAUUAUUAGACCGAGAAAGCUAUAUUAUGAGGCUAAGCACGAAGGUAUCUGAGAACCAUGAACUAAAUAGUGAAAAUCAAAAGCUGAAGGAGAGGAUUUUGAUUUUGGAAGGCAAACAAAUUAGUAAAGAAGAACCAAUGGACGGAAAAGAAAAGAACUUGACUGAUUGGGAGAACAAGUUGUUAGUACGUGGCGAAGCUUCUGAAGGAAGAAACAGGAACGAACUGAAAGAGAUGAAGAAUGGCUCGAGAAACAAGGAAAAUAUUGCACCUGAAAAGAAGCAGCAAAUCAAACCGGAGAAUACGAACCUGGUGAAGGAAUUGACGAAAGAAAUCGAAAAAAGGAAGGCACUGGAGUUGAAGCUGCUUGCGUUGCAAAACCAUGAAAAGCCAAAGAGCCAUCGGUCAAAGCGAGUUCAUGUUUCACCAACGUACAACAAAAAGAAAUGGAAAAAGGAUGCGGUACCAAACUUUGCAUUGGAUUCCGAGUGUGAAUGGAGCGACGAAAGCGAUUUCUUGGAUACAGAGGAGGAAGAGGACAUGGAAGAAGAAGAAGAGGAGGAGGAUGAAGCAGAACCACCAAGAUCCAAUGUUCGGAGAAGGGAGCGGUUCCAGCAGAAAAGGAGACCUAUGGAUGACUUUUCUCGAUAUGCGGAAGAUAGUUAUUUAGGGGAAGAAGGGUUGGAUUGGAGCCCGAUAUUACAACCGGCAUUGAAUCAAAGCAAAGAAAGAGCUGAAUCGCCUGAAUUACCAAAGCAUAUUCUUGAUCAAGUAGAUCACAUUAUUAAUUGCAAGGCGGUGCAUAAACCGGAAACGUGCACGGUAUGCCAUGGACGCGAACAAGUAGGAGUGGGAAAGAGUAGUGAUGUUUGGGAGAGAAGUGAAGAACCUUUGCAAGCAGCAGACAUUACAAUGCGCCCAACGCAACCUCCAGAAAAAGCGUUGAAGAGCGUUACGGAGCAAUUGACGAAAGAGUUGACCCGUUUGAAGAAGCAAUACGACAAGUUCUCGAAACGGUAUCAUUCGCUAAUACCAGAGUAUCACAAGCGCAGACGCCAAAGCAUUAAGGGCAAGCUGAUGAAGACUUUGGAAUUGAUGGAGAGGAAAUCGGACCAGAUUUACGCUCUGCAUGACAUACAUAUCGCCGAAACAUUUUGUGAAGAGUAA